UUUGUAAGUUUUCCAAGAUUCCCUCAAUGAGGGCGUACGGACAAUUCGUAGCUGCUAUUUGUUCGUCAGUGGAGCGGAGCAGUUGUAUUCAGACAACAAAGAAAUGGGAAUUUUAUCGAAUAGGCAUUGUUUUCACCAAACACAAGAACAACUGUUCAACUGCUUCUUCUUUCUUUGGUUCUUUCAGACAGGAAAGAAUCAUGGCAAGUCUCUGGAAAUUGAUCUCUGCACUUCAUCUGUUUCUCUCAUGGUUUCUUGCUGUAUUUGCAGCCACAGAUUCCCGCGAUCUGGCUGCUCUGAACGCGCUAAAGUCGAGCUGGAAGAACUUGCCGCCGAACUGGGCAGGCGGCGAUCCUUGUGGCAGCGAAUGGGACGGCGUAAAUUGCACUGGCGCACGAGUGACGUCUUUAACGUUGGCUGGCGUCGGAGUCGAAGGCAGCGGGAUCAGCGACAUUUCGUCGUUAACCGGGUUACAGCUCUUGGAUCUUUCGAACAACAUCGGUCUUAAAGGGACACUCCCGUCGUCUAUCGGGAACCUGAAGAACCUCACAAUCUUGAUUUUGGUGGGUUGUAGCUUUUUCGGUCCCAUUCCCGAUUCGAUCGGAUCUCUUGACCAGCUCGUGUACAUAUCUUUGAACUCGAAUGGCUUCACGGGACGGAUUCCGUCCUCCCUCGGCAAUCUAUCGCAGCUAUCGUGGCUCGAUCUCAGCAUGAACCGGCUUAACGGCACGAUUCCCGUCUCCGACGGCAACACUCCCGGUUUGGAUAACCUACACUCUGCUCGACACUUCCAUUUCUCGAACAAUCAGCUCUCCGGGUCGGUCCCCGACGAACUAUUCAGCUCGAAAAUGAGCCUCAUACAUGUGAUAUUCGACAACAACCAGCUUACGGGGAAUCUACCGUCGUCUCUUGGAUCGGUAGCAACGUUGGAGGUCAUACGCUUCGAUCGGAAUCUUCUCGAUGGACCUAUCCCUGGGAGUCUCGGCAACCUCACGAAUCUAGCUGAACUGUACUUGUCCAACAAUAAGUUCAGCGGAUCUAUCCCCGACCUGACGAACAUGAUCGCCCUGCAAUAUGUGGACAUGAGCAACAACAGUUUCGACGCAGCAGAAGCUCCGGAAUGGUUCUCGAGUAUUCAGUCUUUGACAACGCUAAUGAUGGCGAACACGGCGCUUCGAGGGCAAAUCCCGGUCGAAAUCUUCAGACUUCCUCAAUUAGAGACACUAAUUCUCAGCAACAACGACUUGAACGGUACCUUAGACAUCGGCGAUCGCUACAGCAGCAACUUGACGGUCGAUCUGCAGAACAAUGGCAUCAGCGACUUCCGGCAGAAAUCAAACUACAAUCUGGCAAUAACACUCGCCGGAAAUCCUGUCUGCAACUCGAAUGGAGGAAAGGAUAAGUACUGUACGAUAGAGAGCCGUCCAAAUACAUUCUUACCGUUGAAUAACUGUACGGAAACGUCUUGCCGUAAAGGGAAAGUUUUGAGUCCAAAUUGCCGAUGCUCCAAUCCGUACACCGGAACUCUCCAUUUCUAUUCCUUUUCCUUCUCCGAUUUGCAGAAUGCGAGCUACAACAAUAUCCUUUACGGUGCUGUUAUGACUGCUUUCCGCUCGAACGGGAUUCCUGUCGACACGGUUCUCCUCAGUAAUCCAGCGAUAGAUAGUUAUUCUUACCUCAAGUUCCCGUUGCAAAUAUUUCCUUCUACAGUGGAUGUGUUCAAUCGAACCUCGGUUUCGAGCAUGGGAUUCAUUCUCAAUCGCCAACCGUUCCAGAUUGAAUAUUUCGGGCCGUUCUUCUUCAUCGAUGAACCAUAUUGUUGUUUCGGAGGAUCGAAAGAGUCGUCGCAUGUUGGCAUUAUCAUUGGAGCCGCGAUCGGCGGUUCGUUUCUCGUAUUUCUGAUUCUCCUGGCUGGAAUCUACGCUCUUCGACAGAAGAGGAAGGCAAAAAGGGCCAUCGAGAAGAGCAAUCCAUUCGCUUCGUGGGAUCCUGCAAAAGAAAGCGGCGCUGUCCCGCAACUUCAGGGCGCGAAAUGGCUCUCAUUCGAAGAUCUGAGGAAAUCCACGAACAACUUUUCCGAAUCAAAUUGCAUUGGUUCUGGAGGAUACGGAAAGGUUUAUAAGGGAACGGUCGUACCUGCGCAAGCAGUGGCUAUAAAGCGUGCUCAACAGGGAUCGAUGCAGGGCGCCCUCGAGUUCAAAACAGAGAUCGAGCUUCUGUCAAGGAUUCAUCAUAAGAACGUCGUUAGCCUGGUGGGAUUUUGUUACGAGCAAGGCGAACAAAUGCUGGUCUAUGAGUACAUACAGAAUGGAACGCUCCAGGAUUGGCUCUCAGGAAAGUCGGGAUCAUGGCUGACCUGGAACAAAAGGCUUGGUAUAGCGCUCGAUGCUGCCCGAGGAUUGUCGUAUCUCCACGAGCUCGCCGACCCUCCGAUCAUCCACAGAGACAUCAAAUCGAACAAUAUCUUACUCGACAACAAUUUGAACGCCAAAGUCGCUGAUUUCGGCCUGUCGAAGCUCCUGGGCGAUACCGGAAAGGGCUAUGUCACCACACAAGUUAAGGGGACAUUGGGAUACUUGGAUCCCGAAUAUUACAUGACCCAACAGCUGACUGAGAAGAGCGACGUGUACAGCUUCGGAGUCGUCUUACUAGAGCUGGUGACGGCGAGAGCUCCGAUACAGAAAGGAAAACACAUCGUAAAAUUCGUUCAGGAAGCCAAUUUUGAUCAGAUUGUCGAUCCAAAUCUAGAGUCAGCGUCGAAACUUCCCGGUGUAGUCGAGUUUGUGGACCUGGCGAUGAGCUGUGUGAGAGAAUCUGCUGGAGAAAGGCCGACGAUGGGAGAGGUUGUGAGAAAGAUCGAGAACAUAAUGCAGUCGACAAAUCUUGACAAGAAAAUUGAUCGACCGCUCUCUUCCUAUAGCUUCGAGGAAACAACUGACGAGAGCCCUCUCCAUUCUCAGGCUGCUGAGGUGAGCUACGGUUCGUUUCCUUUCCCAGUACAUCGUCAAUGAGCAAAUCUAUUCUUUUCACAAUCGAAACUGCAGAAAGGAAACUAUUAUGCACAAUACGACAUUUAUUCAUUAUGUUCUAAGGUUUAUACGGCAAAUCGAGCAUAAACACAUUCUGUAAUACUAUUGUAUAGUUCGACGUGACAAUAUACAUCGGCAACAUCCAAAAUUUUGACAUUAUAGAGUGUAUGUAUCAUCUGGAUUUCACUUUGAUUCAAUCAAAAUAUCAUCAGAUUGUUAUCUC